AGUCCCGUGCUGGUCAUGACUCAUGACACCUGACCUAGGACUGCAAGCCCUACUCGCAACAGGGGAUUCUUUCCGUCCAUGGCCAUGAGGGUCGACUCGGCCAUCCUCGCCGUCGUCGUCACCUUCCUCAUCCCCCUCCGCCUGCUCUCCUUCGUUGUCCGCCUGAACACCUCCGGUAGCGCCGGCGACCUCCGCCGAUCCUGCACCGCCUUCGCCAUCGCGGCCGCGCUCCUCGCCGUCAUCUUCGGCCUUCCCCGAGACCACGUCGGUCAGACGGGGCACUGCGUCGCAUCCGUUACCAACACUGGGGAGGAUGGUAUGGGCCUAGAGGUUCGGCUGGAGAUCGAGCAGCUGAAGCUCCAGCUCAACCGAUUGGAAUCACUCUGGGAGAACAAUUCGAAAGCAUCGGAUGGUAAAGGUCAUGGUUCAGAUGAAGGUGGCGAGGUUGUGAAAGCGAUGGAACUGGACAUUCAGGCUCUGAUCAAGGAGCAAGAAAACAUCAAGGCCAUGCUAGUGAAAAUGCAUACAGAAUGGGAAAACAAUUCAAAAGCAUCGGGUGACAAAGGUCAUGUUUCAGAGGAAGAUGUUGGGGUUGUGAAAGCGAUGGGACUAGACAUUCAGGCUCUGAGCAAGGAACAAGAAAACAUCAAGGCCAUGCUACUGAAAAUGCAUACAGAAUGGGAAAACAAUUCAAAAGCAUCGGGUGACAAAGGUCAUGUUUCAGAGGAAGAUGUCGGGGUUGUGAAAGUUAUGGGACUAGACAUUCAGGCUCUGAUCAAGGAACAAGAAAACAUCAAGGCCAUGCUAGUGAAAAUGCAUACAGAAUGGGAAAACAAUUCAAAAGCAUCGGGUGACAAAGGUCAUGUUUCAGAGGAAGAUGUUGAGGUUGUGAAAGCGAUGGGACUAGACAUUCAGGCUCUAAUCAAGGAACAAGAAAACAUCAAGGAAUUAUUAUGGACUUCUGACAGUACUAUCAAGUCAGUCACAAAUGAGGUUCAAAUUCUUGCGGCGGAAUCAAGAAAGAUGAACUCUGAUGUAUACAAUAUAUGGUCAUUGGCCAACGAUACAGAGAAAACUGUUGAAGCUCUACAUUCAGAUGUCAAAAAGCAGGUUCAGGUUCUAACAGAUGAAUCAAGAAAGCUGGGCUCUAGUAUUCGCCAGGUAUGGUCAUUGGCAAAGGAUACUGGAAAGAAGGUUGAAACUCUAUAUGCAGAUAUUGAAAAGGUUCAAAUUGUAAGUGAUAUGUCAAGAAAGAUGGAGUCUAAUAUGCAUAAAAUGUGGUCUUAUGCAAAGAAGACAGAGAAGAGGGUUGAAGACCUAUAUUCAGAUGUCAAGAAGGGUUUCAAGAAGAAUGGACCGAAAAUUCCUUUCUGGACGAACUGACAAUGUCAUCGCCUCAUUGACUUAAUCGACUACCAUCGGUCUGGGCAUGGAGUAAUAUAGACGAGCAAAGGGGCGUUGUUUCAGUGAAUAUGUAAUACAUCCCUUGCAUGUUGUAGGAGACAGCUUAUCUUCUUGAUUCACAUGGGAUGUAGCGAGAUGUAGUCUCAAGUAUGUAUAUGUCAUGCACUACGCAGGUCGUCGUUUGUUUCCGAGGUGUGAAUCAAUAUACUUAAGGGGUUGUCACAUGAAUAGUGUAAAUAGCAGUUUAUAAAUGUUAUUUUCAGGCUUGUUGUGA